AUGCUUGCAGCAGGACAGCCACUGCGGCUCCGACACCCCCCACAUCUCCAUUCGGUCUCUCCAGGAUGCACUUGGCACGUUCCAACGAACACAUUACUAACAGAAACUUCUCCUUUGCGUUUUUUCUACAGGGCUAACCUUCGUUUACAAAAAAGACUUGCUGCUUCCGUUCUCGGUUGCGGUCAAAGAAAGAUCUGGUUAGAUCCAGCUGAGACUACUGAACUUGCUCAGGCUAACUCCAGAGCAACCAUCAGAAAGUUGUACAAGAACGGCUCCAUCGUCAAGAAGCCAACCACCGUCCACUCCAGAGCUCACGCCAGAGCCUUGGCUGAAUCCAAGAGAGGUGGUAGACACAUGGGUUACGGUAAGAGAAAGGGUACCGCCAACGCAAGAAUGCCAACCCAAGUUUUGUGGAUGAGAAGAUUGAGAGUCUUGAGAAGACUGUUGGCCAAGUACAGAGCCGCCGGUAAGAUCGACAGACACUUAUACCACACCUUAUACAAGUCCGCCAAGGGUAACGCUUUCAAGCACAAGAGAGCUCUUGUCGAACACGUUAUUCAAGCUAAGGCUGAGGCUUUGAGAGAAAAGGCUUUGCAAGAAGAAGCUGAAGCUAGAAGAACCAGAAACAAGGCUGCUAGAGAGAGAAGAUCUGCAAGAUUGGCAGAAAAGAGAGAUGCUUUACUCAACCAAGAUUAA